CCAUGUGUGUAGGAGUGUGUGGUCCCCGGCUCUGGGUCUCUAUUCCUCUUGAAAUCUCCACUCACUCAAUGAGUGACAUCACUGGAGUUUCCCCCCAGGAGGAAACUGUUUUUAAAAGAGCUGCCUGCUGAGUGUCAGUCAACAAACCAGAGCGGCAGCAGAAAAAGAAAGAAAGCUCUCAAGAAGGCUGCUAAGGAACAUCAUUCAAACAAUGGAAGGUGAAUGCAAGGUAGUGCUGGACGCCGCUGUCGACAUAGAAGCAAGGAAGCAGACAACGGCAAGUGUCAAACCCAGUUCCAAGCUAACCACGGCCCUGCUGGCGUUCACACUCUGCCUCGCUGCUGCUGCUGCUGUCCUCGUCUUCAACAGUCAUACCAAGGGCUCAGGACAAGAUGAAGACAAUAAUGAUCAUCGUCACACAUUGAGGCAAAUUUCAAACGGAAGAGCGGCCAUUCAUUUACAAGGAGAAUACAACCCUGAAAUGAAGACCUCAGUGCAAUGGCAGAACCAGGUGGACCAGUCCCACUUUCAGGGAGGACUGCAACUCACUGACAAUGAAAUAGUGAUUCCUCAAGACGGCCUCUACUUCAUUUACAGCCAAGCGUCCUUCAGGGUCAAGUGCAGCAGCAGUGAUGAUGAUGACACCACCACUUCAUCCAUGGUCCAUCUGAGCCAUACUGUUCAGCGCUGGUCCACCUCGUAUGGUGACGACGACAACAAGUCGUACCAGACCAUCCUGCACUCUGUCCGCACCGCCUGCCAAAAGGCAACCAGCAGCAGUUCAAAUCAAGGGGAGAGCUGGUUCACGGCCAUGUACAUGGGAGCUGUGUUCAACCUGAAAAGAGGGGACAAACUGAAGACAGUGAUGGAGGAGAAGAUGCUGCUCAACCUGGAGGAUGCUCAGGGAGAAACUUUCUUUGGUGCAUUUUCCUUAUGAGGACAGGUGACUGAGGGCAAUAGGUGAAGAUGUGAAUACACAUCAAUCCCUCUGAACUCACUCACACAGUGGAAUGUUGGGUGAACAGAAGUUUUACACCUCACUAAACAGUCAAUGCAACUUUCAGUGUAGACUUUACGCCCAAACUUGAAUUGAUUCAAGUCUAAUGAGAAUCAAAUUCAAAGUUUGCAAGUAAAUCGAGUUAUGUUAAUGGGAGCAAUAACCAAAAGAGCCCCCUGUAAUGUAUUAUCGUAGAUGUAUCUAUCUGUAAUGUAAUGUACUAUUAGUACAUAGCCUUAGUGUCAGUACCUUUUGCUGUACUGCAAUGUUCAAUCACUGUCUUUGACAUGAAUGUACUAUAACUGCUGCGUAUUUGUUGAGUCACUACAGGCCGACAGAAAGGAUUCUAAAGAAUAUGUAUUUAUAAAACGUAACAUUAUCAUAUUUAUUAUAUUUAACUUAUUGAAUUAUUUAUUUAUGUUUUUAUUUAUUUCUGUGUAUUUUGCCAUGUGUUCUUCUAAAGAAUGUCCUAAACCGUAUUUGUGCUGGAUUUUAUAUAUAAUUUAUGAAAAUAUUUAUUGACUCACUUUAAUCAUUUGUUUAUCACUGUAACUUUUUAUUGACAUUUGCAAAUAAUGCCAUGGUGCCUGUGGUGCUGUAAAAAUGUUUGAAUAAACAAUGACUUUGA